AUGGGCCGUAUCCGACGGCUCUGGUCGUUGGUCGCUGGGAAGCCACAGGGCCAGCAAACAGAACAACCUUCAGAUCCCCAGGGUAACUCUCAUGUGGCCUCUCCCGCCGCCGAGCCGAAAAACCCCACUACUUCGGUCCUGGUGAUAGGUGCUGGCUCGACGGGACUUGCUUUGGCUCAAGGACUCAAACAGUCGGGAAUUUCGUGUAUCGUGGUGGAAAAACAUGACAGCAUCGAUGCGCACCCGCGAGAUUGGAACAUGGGCCUCCACUGGGGCAUGGACCCGUUGAGAAGCCUUAUGACAGACGAAAUGUGGUCCCACAUCCAGUCCGCGCAAGUCGACCCCAGUGAGCCUCCCGCCGAGCAUGACUGUAUCAAAUUCCUCAACGCCCAGACCGGAGAAUGCAUGGCCGCGAUCCCCGUCCAGUCCUUCUAUCGCCUUCGACGACGUAAACUGCGGGGGCUCCUGGCCCAGGGAUUAGACAUUCAAUAUGGGAAGCGACUGCGGACCCUCGCAUUCUCGGACGACGGGAAGCUGGCCGCCGCCCUGUUCGACGACAAUACCUCCAUCACCGCCUCGCUCGUGGUCGGCACGGAUGGCGCCCGAUCGACGGUGCGACAGGAGCUAUUGGGCCCUAACUCCGGGCGCAUCCGCCAGCUCCCGUAUUGCGCGACCUUUGUGCAAGCUCGCUUUACCGCCGAGCAGGCCCAAUUCCUGCGCGGGUUUCACCCCAUGUACCUGGCCGGCAUCCACCCCGCCGGGUACUUCGCGUUCUUUGGCAUGCACGACGUCGAGGACCCGGACAAACCCGAGACGUGGACCUUUUUCUUCUACAUUUCCUGGAAUUGCACGCUGGAGGAGCAAGAUGCCACGACCGACUGGACCAAUUCGCAGCGACUGCAGCAGGUCAAGGAGUUCUCCAAAUGCUUUACGGACCCGUGGCGAAGCGCCUUCGAAUGGGUGCCGGACGACCAACAGGUUUGGUACAUGGGCCUGACGGACUUCGACCCGCGCGCCUCAGGCCACCGCUGGGAUAACCACGGGGGGCGGGUGACGCUGGCCGGCGACGCCGCGCACGCCAUGACCUACCAACGCGGCCAGGGCUUGAACCACUCCAUCACCGAUGCCGCCAAACUUGUCGAGGCCACCAACCAGCUUCUGACGGGAAAGAGCACUCCCGCCGACGCCAUCACCAUGUACGAGGACGAAAUGAUCGCGCGUGCCGGCGGGGAGGUCUCCCUCUCGACGGUCAACACCGAGAUGGUCCACGACUGGCAGAAGGUGCUUCAGUCGCCUGUGCUCACGGCGGGAGUAACCAAACGAUCCGUUGACCCCUCGACUUAG